GUCAGACGAUGACGUCACCUUCGGUUAGACGGACAGCUGAAAGGCAGAGGCUUCUUGUUGACGCUUUGUUUUGAUCGCGUUUGUUUGGAUUUUUUGACGUUUCACCAACAUUCCCAGCGGAUCCAGAAGCUUGUGCCGUCACGCAUCCGUGCGGGGAUCCAGCAAAGAUGAAAUGGAUGUUUAAAGAGGACCAUUCCCUCGAGCACCGAUGUGUGGAGUCAGCCAAAAUACGCAACAAAUACCCGGACAGAGUACCGGUGAUCGUGGAGAAGGUCUCCGGCUCUCAGAUUGUCGACAUUGAUAAGAGGAAGUACCUGGUGCCUUCGGACAUUACGGUGGCCCAGUUCAUGUGGAUCAUUCGGAAACGCAUCCAGCUGCCUUCAGAGAAAGCCAUCUUCCUGUUUGUUGACAAAACGGUUCCCCAGUCCAGUCUGACGAUGGGCCAGCUGUACGACAAGGAGAAGGAUGAAGACGGCUUUCUGUAUGUGGCCUACAGCGGAGAAAACACGUUCGGGUUUGAAGCCUUCUGUGCAGCACGUGGUUAACGCUUCACUGAGCACUCAGCCUUCCCCCUCUCACACACACACACACACACACACACACACUGUGAGGCCUGAAAUCAACACAGGCCUUUACAUGUGGUACUCUAGAAAUCCUUAAACACACUUCAGUUUUUGAUACUGAAAUAUAUAAAUUUAUUGGGUUUAAAACCCAAAAUGCUCCAGUGAAUAAAGUUUUUUUGGUCUAGUUUGGAUGACUAUACGCACAGGGAAAAUGCUCAGAUGUUUCAAGGACAGUUAUGAGGAGGAAAUUCUGAAACACUGCCUUUAAAUCCGAUCCAACACGUCACAGACACAAAAACACGAAAAUAACAGCCUCCAUCCGCCCACGUUUUCUUUGUUUCCCCUUUUUUGUGUUCAUCCAAAGCGAGAAAGAAACUCUGUGAUCUUUAGCAUUAAAUCUCCAGGUAGAUGCUUUAAAAUCGUGAAUAUGGAUUGAUGGCUGGUGAGUCCAGCUCAGGGUUGACUGCAUCAGCUUUCAGUGCUUCCUCAGUCUGGCUGGUUUUAUAUUUGCACAUUAUGGUUGCUGAUUCAGGAUGCUGAACUGUGAUAUUUAUCUGCUGGCAGGCAAACACUUAUUCUUAAAUAUUAGUCUGUAGAUUCUCAAGAAUUUAAGACGCAACAGAAAAGUGAAGAAUUAACUGAUGAAUACCACCUUUAUUUCAGCUACCUACAAGCAAAGACAGGAAGAUGUUAGGUAAGAUUUGCUUAUGAAGCUUCUGCAGCUCAUUCUUCGAUUUUUCAGCAACAUUAAACUAGGGAUCCAUUUAUAUGGUAUAAUUUUAAUGAAGUGGCAAAGAAUAUGCAGGAUAAAAAUGAAAAAGUCAAAUUUGUUUUCAAGUUUUUUUUAUUAAACAGAGUUUUAUUUAUUGCAUUUUAUGUUUGCAUGCAUCAGUCUGACAGUUUUUGUUUUUUUGCAUCUAAUAGUUGUAAAAAGCAAUUUAAGUUGUUAAAAUUGCAUUUGCUCUAAUAAAAUAUAUAGUUUGUUUUUCUUUGUAGCAUUUUAGUUUUAAUUGUUGGAUAAUCUAGAGUAUCUGGAAUAUGUGACCCAAAAGAUGGUGGCUGCAUCUUUUCUGCAUUUCGUUAUCAGCUUGAAUAUCAAAUAAAUGUUGCCCUUCUAUUGCUUUUUUUUUUUUUUUACAACUUCAAAGAUUUGGAUCACAAUUCUAUGUGCAGGUCCAAAUAUUUAUACAUCCCUGCUAAUUAUUAAUUAAAAUAUCCCAAGUUGGUGGGAAUCCUGAACUUUUUGCAGAAUUUAACAAGCUUGGGAUCAUUGUCCUGUUUUAACUGGCUAGUUGUUGCUUUGAGGUAAAAUGCAUUAAUUUAAAAGCAGUCUUUUGUCUUCGUCCUUCCAUAAACAUCUGCAGUGCAUCAAUUAUUACAUCAAUUAUUAUUAUUUUUUUAAAUAUAUAUAUUUUGGAGCAUUAAAGGGUUUGUCUUUUACUUUUUUUUGUAGCCUCUAUAUAUGGGUCGUGCGCUUAACCCCUACACCAGCAGUGCUGCGCCCACCACCAUGCUUUACAGUUAAAACACUGCUCCCUAAUAAUAUUUUUGUCAUGACGACCAAAUACCUGAUCUGACUAUAAAACCUUUCUUUAGAGAGGUUUUGGUUUGUCCAGGUGUGCAGCUUGAUAGUGGAAAAAAUCCAUUAGGUCAUCUUGUUUAGUAUCUGUUUUACUAUGUGUGUCCUAGAUCUAUGAGAUGUCCAGUUCAGACUAGAUCUACUCUUGCAAGCUCAGCAUGCCACACCUAGAGACGCCUGGCAUGAAAGGCCUUUCUGAUAUGAAAGUAGUCUUUACCCAAGAGAAGAUACCUCUCUACUCUCUGAGGCAUCACAUCAUGCUGACCUAUUUUAGCACUCUGAUGGUCAAGGUCUGUUUUAUCUCCCUGUCUCUGUAAUGUGAACUACUUUCUCAUUUUGUGAGGGGUUAUAAAAACUCGGUUUUUCCCCGUUUACAGCAGGACGGGCAGACUGAGACACAGGUUUGGUUGUAUCCUCUGUCCGUUCUCGAUUCUUUCAAUUUAAUAAAAGUGCUACUUUGAUUCCCACUGUUCUCCUUGCUGAGUGAAUUUAUUAAGUUGCAUUUUGUUUUUUCCAUUAACAAGCUGCAGAUUUCAGUUGUGCAACAUGAUCUUCAUUUCAGGAUCUGUCAGUCUAUGGGGAUGUUAAACUGGCUUCGCUGUGGACAUUGAUGAUGGUGUUGCAGCAUCUUCCAGUUUAUGCUAGGCUUGAGCUUUGGUGGUCCCUGGGUGGUACUCUGACAUCCUAACCAAUUCUGUUCAUCUGGGGGAGUCAGUUUGGGUCAGACAAAGGAAACUUGGACACCAUUGGUUGUUCUAGCACGACACUGAACCCAAACACACAGAAACUGGUUUUGGAAGGUAUAAAGCAGGUUAACAUUAGGCUUCAGGAGUGGCCCUGAAUUCAGAAACCAGCCAGUUUGAACAAUCUUUACCAUUUCUGCCAAGAGAAGUUGUGAAAAUUUCACACAGGAUUAUGCCAAAACUUUGUUUAGGUCUACAAAAAAAAUAAAACUUGUGGUUACUCUCUCAAAUGGUAAGAGGCAUUUGACCAAAUAUCAGUGAGGGUGUAUGUAUAUAUUUGAGCUUGUAUUGUGACGCUGUGUAGAUCAGAGAAAAUCCCAAAAACCUCUGCACCCAGUUCUUGUUUAAAAAAAAAAAAAAUCACUGAAGUUGUUUGUUAUAUGACCAUUUCACCCAGGAAAACGAAAAGUGUUACAGUAACACUGCACCAUAAAAGGCAGAGUGUAACAGGACAUUAAUGCCAAUCAUGUGUUGGGCACUUAAAGCUAUGCUUUUUAUUGCGAGACACUGAAUAUUCAGUAAAACACAUAAAUACAGUGAACCAAACCUGAAGACUAUCCAAAACGAUCUAUCACUUUAAAAUCUUCCCAAUCUCUGGAGAACAUCCUAAGACCCCACAUGUUUCCAGAUCCACAGUGGGGUCUCGCCCCUGGCGACUGAGCUAAAUGAACAGAAAUGUAGUUUGUCUGAAUAUUCACCUGCAUUUAUCGGGUCAUGACGAUCCACAAAAUAUUGGCCAAAAAAAAACAACAACACAAUUUCACUUUUAGUCCAGGUUUCUCCAAAGAAUUUCAAAACUUAAAAAUCUUUGGUGGGAAACCAAACUAGAGACUGCUAGAAAACAUUUAAAUCACCUACAGAGAUUAGUUUAUGUGAGAUUUUGUUUUUAAACUGAUUCUUUUCCCUCAGUAGUUUUAAAAAGUUUUAUACCAAGUACCAACUCAGUAAAUACUAAGCUUUCUGGGUACCAUCUUGUUAACAGAAAUUUCGAAACAGUAGUACAACAGGAACUGAUUAAUGUCACACAGAGAGAUAUUUCUAAUGUUUCAUUUGAUAGACAGCUGCUGCUGACAUCAUCAGGAGUGGUUUAACGCAAGGAAUUUGCCAGUUGUAACCCAUGUAGUGGACAUACCUGUGUUUGGUUGCUCUUGAAGCACUGACUCCAGCUGCAGUGAACCUUGAAAAUCUCACCCAAACUUUCAGUGGUUUUUACUUCCCCUUAAAACUGCAGUUAUCACCAUUGCUUGUUCAGGUUUUUCUACCAGUUUUUCCUUCCACUCAACUUUCCAUAUUAUGUUUGGAUACAUCACUCCAUGAACAGCCAACUUCUUUAGCAAUGACUUUUAGUGGCUUACUCUCCUGUCUGCUGGACAACUGUCAAUUGAAUCCCUAUUAAAAAUAUUUUAUUUAUUUUAUGUAAUACUCAAAUUUUCUAAGAAACUGAAUUUAGGAUUUAAUUCACCAUAAGCCAUAAUAAUCAAAACAACAGAAAUAAACACUUGAAAUAAAUCACUCUGAGUAAUAAAUUUAAAUGACUUUGACUUUUCAAUUAUAUUCUAAUUAAAUAAAUUGGACCUGUAAGUAGCCAGCAGCACGUUAAUUGGCUUUGUAUUUACCUUGUGAAUGUUUGGCUCCAUAAAAUCUUCUCUGUGUACCACCAAAGGCAACCCACGUACCACCAGCAGUACCGGUCUUGUCCCAGUUUGAGAACUGUGGAUAUAGACAGGGAACCGCUCUGAACCAGAUGAGAAAAUAAGAAGAUUUUAAGCAGAAGAAGAUUGCAGUCAUGACUGAAAACAUCAAUUUCAGGCAGAAUGAAUUGAUCUGUGCUCUAAAAGGUCCAAGCAAGCAUGUUCUGAACAUGAAUGGUGAUGUUUAAACACAGAAUGGUAAACAAGAGAAAUACUCUUAAUUGAGGGAAACAUAAAAACCACACAGAACAGCUUGCAUGCAGUAAUUAAUCACAUGUAUUCAGACGUUUUCUCCCAUUUAUGUUAAACUGUAAUCUGAUUAUCACAUAUUUUCUGAUUAUUCCUUUAGUUUUUACUGAUAUUUUGGAACUCUGUUUGGCAAAAAAUUAUAGUAAAAAGUAUUUUUCUUUCUGUGCAUGUCAUAGAAGUGGGAUUUUUCAAAACGCUGGCAACUGGCUGAAUUCUUAACGAUUAACAGCAGAAAUCCCCAAUCAUGAAGUAACAGAGGAAUGUUUUUAUUUGUAAUGAACCUGCUCACAUGUAGCAUAAACAGCACUGCUGGUAGGAUUUCUCUGAUUUAUUUAAAUCUUUUCUCUCAGAUGAAGCUGACAUUUUCACUACAGCUGUAGUUUUUUUGGUGCUGAAUCGCUCUUUUCAACCUUUGUCUGACCUUUUUACAAAAAUCCCACCCGAGCCCCACAAAGAUGAAACCCCGGUUUUAACAGCAUGGUCUGCUGAAGAGAAAAUGUUGAUGGAACGUGAAGAUAGAUGAGGAAUGUCAUUUAUUGUUCUCCAUGUUGUUUGAUCAUCAAUGUUAAAGACAUGAAAGGAUUUUCAAUAUUUGUAAAAAUUUAUGUAGCCGAACAAUGUGAUCAAUAAAAACAAUAAGAAACUGA